CAGAGAUAAAACCAAAUAUAUUAAAAGGAACCGCGUGGCGUGAAAACUACGGCUCGAUCAGCAGACGUUUCCUCUGUUUCAAUAAAAGGCAGAACUAUUUAUGCAGCCGACACACGUCGUGAUAUUUCGAUUAGAAAUCGCACUCUGAGAAAUUUCAAAAUCAAAUCAAAUCUCUUCAUUCGUCUCUGGACAAAUCCUCGAGGAUCAGAAAUCUCUUAAGCUUCUUGUGUUUGAUUACUUUGAGAUCAAAGUUUGAGAAAAAAUGGGAGAGGAUCAGAAUAAUAAUCACAAUGACAAAGGAAUCUUUCACCACUUAGCUGGAUUUGCAGCCGGACACUACCCACCUCACGGUCAUCAUGGUUAUGGUCAUCACGGAGCUCCUUAUCCAUACCCUCCUCCACCUCCUCCUCAUGGCUAUCCACCAGCUGCUUAUCCUCCACACGCUGGUUACCCUCCAGCCGGUUAUCCUCCAGCUGGUUACCCUCCUGCCGGUUACCCUCCAGCUGGUUAUCCACCUCACGGUUAUCCCGGUCCAUCUCACUCUGGACACCACCCCGGAGGUAUGGGAGGGAUGUUAGCGGGUGGAGCGGCUUUGGCAGCUGCGGCCGUUGGUGCUCAUCAUAUGUCUCACCACGGACACUAUGGUCACCACCACGGUCAUGGCUUUGGCUACGGGUAUCACGGUCACGGUAAGUUCAAACACGGAAAGUUCAAGCACGGGAAAUUCGGGAAACAUGGCAUGUUUGGGAAGCACAAGGGGAAAUUCUUCAAGAAGUGGAAGUGAUUGUUCUCUCAAAAGAUUGAUCAUAUUCAGAGACUAUACAUUAUCCUUUCGUAAUAACAACAAAUGCUGAAGUCUCUGAGGAAGUUUAAGUUACAUAGUUAUUGUGAGCCUUAAGAGCUUAAAAGACAUAAUUUUAUUGGUUUAAUUUAAUGAAGCUUUUCUUUUGUUUACAUUGGCAUGUAUAAAGUUAACUCUCUUUUGUUAGUCGGAAACUGAUAUCCACUUGUUUUAAAACGUUCGAUUCUUAUA